UUUGUUGUUGGCUUUGGUAUUAUUUUGUACAUGCUAUCAGCUAUUUCAAUUGUUCCACUGACAUCUCAAUAUAUUGUGUCGAGAUUAUCUCUCUCUCUGAAAGUUAACAAUAGUACCAAUAUAUCUGUAGUAAAUGUGUCGAAUGCAUGUAAUGGAUCAAUACUUGGACCAGAGCAAAUCAAAAUCCAAAAGGAAGCUUCACUCCUGUCGCUUUAUUACGCACUUACUUCGGGUGUGGCUGCUAUUGCUAUAAAUUUAAUAUUGGGACCUUUGUCAGAUUUUAUUGGUAGAAGAAUCCUGUUCAUUAUUCCAAUCGUUGGCUUGUUUCUGAAAUGUGUUAUUACCAGUUUAAUCGUAUAUUUUGAUUUAAAUUUGAAUUUGAUGUAUCUGGCCUCAGCUGUAGAUGGGUUAUGCGGCUCUUACUAUGCUAUAUUAGUUGCGAGUUUUACGUAUUCUGCUGAUGUGACGGUUCCCGGGAAGAACAGAACAGUUGCUAUUGCGUGUAUGGAGGGAUGUUUGGCGGUUGCUGCAUCAGUUGGGGCUUUAUCUUCGGGGUUCCUAAUAAAAUCUACGGGAUAUUUUUAUCCUGUGUUAAUGUUCGCUAUAGCGGCUGCUAUUAAUUUAACGCUUACUUUUUUCUGUCUACCCGAAACACUUACAGAAAAGAAGCAGCCAGAAAAAUCACCAUUAUAUCAUAUUAAAAAAGUGUUUGGUUUCUAUUUCUCUAAUGGAAGUAAAAGAUUGCUGUAUUCUGUUCUAAUGGGAAUGUUCUUUUUUGGCGUGGUCGUGGUUUUAGGACGAACUUCUUUGGAAACAAUAUAUCAACUAGGAGAACCAUUUUGCUGGAAUUCUGUUAAAAUAGGAUAUUUUGGUGCUUUACGACUAACCGUACAAUUUUCCUGCAGUAUUUUAUCCAUAAAAUUUCUCCAAAAUUAUUUCAAAGACGAAUAUAUAAGUAUACUGUCGAUACCUGUGGUGGGUAUUAUUGGAUCCUCAACUGUUCCUAUCGCCAGAUCUCUUAUGUCCAAAAUGACUCCGCCAGAAAAACAAGGGGCUCUAUUUGCCAGUAUUGCCAUUGUAGAAACAGUUUGUAACAGUGCCAGUAAUUCACUAUAUAAUCUGGUCUAUAAUGCCACAGUAGAGCAUUUUAAAGGAGCUGUAUGGUUUAUGAUGGCUGGCUUUUGUAUUAUUGCUAUAAUG